AUGUUUUACAAGUUGUUCCUCGACGAACGCAUUCGUUCCAACUUCUCUGAGUAUGACGCCCUGGCCAUCAUCGAGUGGGACGUACUUGUCGCCACCGACCGCUCCUUCGAGGAGCUUUACCACGCCGCUUUCCGCGUGAACGAAGAGUUCUGGGUGAAGGGCAGCAAUCUCGAAGGCACAAACUUCCACUCAAGCUCCAUGAUGUCGGAUAUGUGGCACGUCCUCGGCCACAUCAACGGCAACGCCAUCUACAAUAACAAUGACCAGGCUUUCGUUGAGUACGUGGACUACACGCGCGCCCGCUGGGAGGACAACUACCCGUACGACGUGGCCCUGUGGCUAACCAUCUCAGACUUCCCGUACAGCUGGCCCCUUUACCAGCGUUUCUCGAACAAGUUCGUCACCACCAACUUGAUUGCAUACGUCGGAAAGGCGCACGUAGACCACGGCACCGUCACAGACGCCAUCGCAGGCCAGACUCUGUUCAUCCACGGUAAGAACGUCGACGAGGGGAGCAACUUAUCUGUCGAGAAGGUCAACGAGGCCAACGGCACCGGCAAGAACGGUGGCGCUUCCAAGGUGGUGCGUAAGCUGCAGAAUUGGAAGGAGAACGAGAAGUGGAAGACCUUCGAGGAGCCCAAGUGGGAGACUAGCGAGACAAGGACGAACGAAAACGUCCCGAAGGCGGCGCGUAAGCUGCAGGCCGACAGCGAGGACGUGUACGACCGCCGCCGCCUGACCGCCACUCAGGACGGCAGUGCCCCGAAGGUGGCUCGCAAGCUGCAGAAGUGGAGGGACGCCAACAAGGAGUCGGGGAAGAACAAGUGGGAGACUACCGAGACCGCGAAGAACGAAAGCGUCCCGAAGGCGGCGCGUAGGCUGCAGGCCGACAGCGAGGACGUGUACGACCGCCGCCGCCUGACCGCCACUCAGGACGGCAGUGCCCCCGAGGGUGGCUCGCAAGCUGCAGAAGUGGAGGGACGCCAACAAGGAGUCGGGGAAGAACAAGACGGCAGUGCCCCGAAGGUGGCUCGCAAGCUGCAGAAGUGGAGGGACGCCAACAAGGAGUCGGGGAAGAACAAGUGGGAGACUACCGAGACCGCGAAGGACGAAAGCGUCCCGAAGGUCUCGCGUGAGCUGCAGGCCGACAGCGAGGACGUGUACACCCGCCGACGUCUGGUGGAGACCCCCACUUUCGCCGCGUCUGCCGACCGGGUGGAGGUGUCCCGCUUCUUCGAAAUGGAAUCCGUACGUCCCUUCGCGGAAGACGUCGAACGCAACAGGGUGUGCGCGUUUGUGGCCGGGACGGCCUCUCAAGUGGACCAGAUUGAAGUGACUGUUUCGAGCGUCCUUGAGUUCGUGCCUGGCAUGCGCGUCGUGGUCGCGGCCGAGGUCGACGCCGUGGAUGCGUACGAAAGAGCGGUCGGAGGCUUGCCCGGUGUGAGCGUGUCCAGCACGCAGAGUGUCUUCACCGCAAGUUUCUUCGCGGACGAGUACUGCGGCGUAGCCAACACCACCCUGAUCUACUACCUCAAGACCGGAUCUGUUGUCUCCAGAUCAUUCACCUCCAAGGACACCCACUCACCCCAGGGGGAUCUCCUUGUUGUGUUCGGCAAGGGCCACAGCGGCGACCUCGCAGAUCGAACAGCCAACGUGCUCGGUUUCGAGGCGCCACCGUUUACCACCGGUACGGAUCUGAUUCUGCCGGUCGGGGCCAACGCUGACCUUCGGGCAGCUUUGGCGUCGGAGAAAACUGUCAACGACGCGGUCGGGGCGAUCGAGGACGUCUUCGACCUCGGCGACACCGCCGCCGUUCCGCAGAUGCUUGCCGCGCUUCAGUACAAGCGCGCUGCCCCGGGAAUCUGGUUCUUCAACCCGCAGGAGUGGGUUACGAACCACCUUUUCCAGACCGCAUCCAUCUGGGAAAUCCCCCUCGUGAAGCCCCGAUUUACCUGCGAGUUGGACCAUGUUAGCAGCGCAGAUGAAUCCGACGUGGCUGAUAUCCUGCAAAGAAAUCUUGAUUUCUUCGCCAUGGGUGGAACGUGCGAGCGGGGUGUGAUCGCCAUGCAGCCAUAAAAAUUCGUUUCAAUGCACCAUUCGAGGCGUGUCCGAAUUAGACAAGGGUUUCCUGUUCGCCGGUAGGAGGCGUUCGGCAGUUUUCCCCCUGUGGUGCCGUUGAUUCUCUAGGUUAUGAAACUGCAUGUAUUCAGCCCACGGUCACGGUGAUUUUUACUUCCUCACCUAGCACCGCGCAGAACGUGCAUGUUUUUUUAGUUUGGUACCCACGCGCACUUCUAUUGCUCAGACGGGUCGCCUCGCAAGGAGUUGGACGACCGUUCGAAAAUUGCGUUUUUUUAGUUGGGGUAGUGCACUGUCUGUUGGGGUGUGGAGGGUAACACCAAAUUAUAGCAGCUCGUUUUUUUCUGGAAAACACAGUUUUUCGGCCCUAGCGCAACAGAGAAGAUAGAUAUCGGCCCAUCAUAGAGGUCGUGCUAAAUUCUUGGUCGCUAGCGAAAGGCCCAUCAUAGCUGGCCAUCGUAGCUGCUUUGCAAAUACAUCCGAGUGCUGGUGUGCCGUCUUGAACGCUCUGUAUGACAGGAUUUAUGUACUGGAACUGUAAUAUCCGUGUUGCGGGGCGUAUAUGUGUGUUUUGUGUAGGUUAUGCAGUCUUCCCUGUCUGCGCUGUGCUAGUACGAUCGGUUGAAAUUCUUCUUGUCGGAGAACCGAUUUGCUCGUCGGAGAGCCCGCCAUACGCCAUUCUCCACUUUUUGUUGUGUAUUACUCUGCCAGUGGUGAUCUUCCGUGAAUUGCACUGUGUGAAGCGCGACGCGAAAGGUGUCACCGCAUGGUUACGUUUCAACGUGGAAUGAAACAGUAGUUCUGUAACAAUAUGCAUGCCACGUUAUGUGUUGUACUUGUCUACAUCGUAGCUUCAGGAGAUUGGUUGGGCGGGAACAAAAGCUGAUAGCUCUCGAGCGAUUUGCUGUUCGAGCGCAAGCCUGGUGAUGAAAGACGCAAGGCGCUUGGACGCAGGAGGCGUCUGUGCAGGAGUAUUUCGACAUUAUUUGUUUCGUUCGCGCCUUAUGUAGGUCACUCGGCUCGGUCUUUCAGGGGGUCGUAGAGUGUUGUGUUGGAACUCGUUUUCUUACCCGUACUGUGUUUACAAGGUGAUUUGAUGCUCGCAAGCUCAUGUAUGUAUUGGUGAAGUAAAUUUUGGAGUUGUGGUGUCAUAUUCCCAAAACGUUUUGAAACAUUUCCAAAACAUGACAAUGCCGAGAUGCCCACCGUGAAUUUGGUACGGGGAUAGAAGCGACCGCCGUCCUUCAGACAACACUUAGGUUUUUGAGUUCUACCCUCUGCUUCGGCUCAGCAUAGGAGAUUCGACGACCACGACUGACGAUGCAUAAUUCUUUCUAUC